GAUGCAUCGAUUAUUCUAGAAUGUUCAUAAACGCAGUGCUAUCUUUUGAAGUGCGCACCUCUAACGACUUCUUCACAAGUCUACUUCAACAAGAGGGGAAUCCCCCAUUUUGCAAGAGCGUACGCGCAAUACCACAGUUAUGACGGUGGUAGUACUAAAUUUAGGCAACGGUAUUUCCCAAAAGUGGCAAUAUAGUACCGUAGAAUGUUCGACCGUCUGCAGUAGUGACUGAAAUCAGUGCUCGAGAAGGAGUCUUCCCUUUGUUCAUAACAGAGUGGAUUUAGCUUUCCUUGUUGCAUCAUGGAAACCAGCAGAAGUAUUUUAGUCACUAAUCUUCCAGAACUGGACAAGAGAAAGUUGAGGGACAAACUAGAGAUCCAUUUCGGCAAGAGAGGAAAUGGCGGUGGCGACGUUAAUCAGAUUGUGAUAACGGAGCAAUGCAGCCUGAUGGGAACAUUUGCUCUGAUAACGUUCGCUGAACAAGAGACUGUUGCCUCUGUGCUUGGGAAGCAGCAUAUCUUCUACGAUAAGACGCUAACGGUGGAACCACACUCAUCUACUGAGGAGGAGCAACGCAACACUGAUCAUAACACGCGCCCUAAAAUUGGAUUUGCAAGACUUCCCCAGUUGCCGUCUCAAGAUCUUAAACUUAUCAUCCAUGGUCGAUAUGCACAUGAUGUUCUUCAGUCUACUGCAGAAUUAACCAAUGCAGCACUACAAGUUGAUGAGAAAAGCACAAAAUUUUGUCUGGCCGGGCCACCUGUUGCCAUUGUUCAGGCUGUUGAUAUUCUCGGAAAACACAGCAACCCUAAAUUAACAACUCAACCUCAUGGAUCAGUUAAUGUUGGGCAGAGAAAGAACAUGGCAAAUUGGACAACAUCACUUGAUGGACACGAACAUCGCACAAAAGAAACUUUUGCAGACAAAAAAGAGCUGAGUGUCCAUGUAAACCAUUCAGAUGCUGACCCUCUCAAAGUUGAUCAAAAUAACCUUGGUAGUCCAGGGAAAGAUGUUCCUAAUCCAACACAGAAGAGAAAUAAACAUCCUGCCAAUACUGAGAAGCCUUCAAGAAACAUUGCCAAGUUUGACCCCAAGAUUCUCAAUUACAUACAUGCUAUUCAGCACAGAGUAAUAACUGAAGCUGGGGAUAGAUUUCAUGUCGACUUUGAAGCCAAGGCUAAUGGAGAGGUAGAGUUUAAAAGCAGGGAGAAAAACACAGAUCAACAAGAAAUCAAUGAAUCUAUGAAAGUUCUUGAGGAGUUGGUGGACAAUAUUAAGAAAAUGGGUUUUGUCACAGAAGUCAUUUGCCUGAUGGAAUUUGAGGAAGCACCAAAACAAAAAGUCGAUGAGGCAGUGAAACAGACAUUGGAAUCAACAGAUGUUCUUGUGACCCUCAAAACUGGCAAUGUUUUGGAAUUCUAUGGAACAGAAGAGAGUGUUCACCAUGAGAUAGAAAAACUGAGAGCAGGCAUCCUUGGGAGAGAUUUGCAAACUGACAGCCAAGGUGAAAUCGAGCAAACCGUGUACAAUCAAACAAUUAAUGAUGGGACACAACAACCCUCUGAGGAAACAGGAAAUAUGGAUAUGGCUGGAAAUUUCAGAGCUAAUGAGAAGUUCUCUAAUUAUCCUGAGUGGUUGGCUUCCUUAGAUGCAGAAGUCACAGAUGAAGCAUCUACUGCCCAUGGUGUACAAGUCGAAAAGUUAGUUGAUGCACCAGCGAGAAAACCGUUGGUUCAUCCGUUGGCAAUACAUGAGGGUUCCUCAGUCGUGGGUGAUGUUCAGGUCCGUUUUGCUGAGAAUUUGGUAAAUGGAGAGAGUUAUCUGCCUCCUGCAGCUCCACCAACCUGGAAGGAGGAAAGUAAUCCAUCACUGGGCUCAAAAACAUAUAAUGACAUAUGUUAUCCUCCAAAUGAAACAAAAGAAGAAAACCACAUGUCCAUGCAAAGUUGGCAUCCCGUUCAACUGACAACGAAUUUCACUGAUGAAAGUUUACCGAAUGAGCAGAACAAGAGUUCAGGCAUGGUUACUGAACAGGAACUAGAAACUGCCAAGCCUAAGAUCGCCUAUGUAAACAUGAAUCAAGGGGCUAAGUCUCCCCCAGUGCAACAUAAUCAUCUUCAAGGAGCAACGCAGCAAGAGGAGGAUGAUGGAAUAGCCGCACUUUCACGUCAGAGUGAUGACUCAACAAAAAUGGUUGAAAAAAGUAUGGAUGAGGCGGAUGGGAUAGGGCCAUUGUUUAUGACAAAUAAAAUCAUGGGUAAACUGCUGGACAUGGAACCAACAUCAAGAUGCGUUCCUUAUCAGGAAAGCUCACGGGAUACAGAUGAACUGAUGGAAGUCGAUCCCAUUCUCCCGGUGACAACAUCAGCAGCCGUUCCAUCUCCUUGUGACUCUUUGCUAUAUACCCAGCCUCCUGUCGACCACUCAAAGGUUGCUGCUGCUUCUGUUAGAAUCCCAAAGGAUGCACGUAUCCAUAGUUCUGUCGACCAUUCACAGGUUGUUGCUUCUUGUAGAAUCCCAGUGGGUGUGUGUAUCCCUAGUGCUGUCGACCACUCAAAGGUUGCUUCUCCUGUUGGAACUAGUCAUGUAGAUCGAGACUUCUCACCGGUUUUUGCUUCUUUUUUUAGCCUCCCUAUGGGUGGUAUCCCUGGACAUGACACAAUGGCCCAAUCAGAAGAUUUCAGUGUAACAAUAAGAACAGGGAUGGAUGUAGUCAUUCGUCAGGGUGACAUCACUGAUGAGUUCACCGACGUCAUUGUAACCUCAGCUGAUCCACAUCUACAACUCCAAAACGGAGUUGGGAGAGCCGUUCGCGAAGCUGCUGGACAAGAACUAGUGAGAGCAUGUCGACUUUGGAUCAAGAAGAAUGGACCUGUUGAUAAUGGUAAAAAUGUCUGGACAGUUGGUGGCAAUUUGAAAUGCAGUCAUGUCCUCCAUGUUGUUCUCGAAGAGUCACAGAAUGGAACAGAAUUGAAAAGUGUGUUUGUGGAUUUGCUGAAGACAUGCGCCCAGUCUUUGCAAGCCUCCCAUGUAUCCAUGCCAGCUAUAGGAUUAGAAAGAAUGUCGGUGUCAAAAAAAAGAUGGGCCAGAGCUUUUUUUGAUGCAGUUGGUGAAAUCGCUCAGUUGUACGACAAAGGAUGGAUACAGCUCAGUACUUUGGUUCUAGUUGAUAGAAACAAAGCGCUACUCUCGGAAGUCAAGAGGGUUUUCAAUUACCCAAAUUUAUCUGGAUCAUCUCAAGAGAGCUUUCAAAAUGGCCGACAAGCGGUCCCUCAUCCAGGUAUGAGCAGUAGCUUCACUAGCAGUGGUGCUGCUAACUACCCUGGACUCAGGGCAAAGGGUCCGAGCAAGGUACAAAAAGGGGCAUCCAGAAGAGGCAUAAGUACCACGGAGCCACUAGAUCGCGGGAGCUCUAAUAUAACGUCCACGAGGAAAGCCAGCAGUGGUGUAAAGUCUGCAUUCAUGAUUGAUUUACCAGUAGAUGAUGACCACAAAUGUGCCAUCUGCCUGGGUAGGAUUAAUCAAGAAAAAAAGCUGCGCUGCAAACACAGCUUCUGUCGAAAAUGUGUAGACAGGGCUCUAAAGGUACACAAAUACUGUCCUAUCUGUAAGCAGCCGGUUCAGUAGGUAGAUCGAAAAAAGAUUACUUGAGAAAAAAUGGAGAAAAUUAAACAAUUUAAAAAUACAUUUUUUAUAUAUAUAUUUGUUUCUAUGCAAGUCGCCAGACACACAAGACC